GGACUGCCCUGUGACUCUGAGGGGGUAGACAUGUGUGUGCAUGUGUGUGUGUGUGUGUGUGUGUGUCUCUGCCUGUCUGCGUGCGUGAAAGAGCAUGCACACCUCUGUGUGUGCAUGUGAGAGUGUGUGUGUUGGCUACGGAGGGAGCAGGCAGCUCCUGAGGUGAGAAUGCAGAGUGGGAGGAUCUCAUUCCAAUCCCCUGUGCCCAGUUUCAACACACACAUUGAGACACACACACACACACACAGAGUGAACAUCUUGAGUAGUUUAGAGCCAGUCCACGGCAACAUUAGAGGAGAGAAAGCAGAGGAGGCGUGUGUGUGUGUGUGUGUGUGUGUGAGUGAGUGCAGCGAGAGUAAAGGCACAGUGACUACUUCUUCUAUUUUUUGUGGAGUGAGUGUCGGUGGCUCAGUGUGUGUGCGUGCACGUGUGUGAGAAGACAGAGAGGCAGAGUACAUGUGUGGCUGUGUUGUUGAAGGAGAUGCUGCCGGGUGUGAUGGCUCUUUUGCAUUAGUACUUGAGCGGACAGGAGAGUUGGAGCCAGUGGUUUUGUGGGACUCGCGGGGAAUGGCAAACUCCACGGCAUCCUUGGAAACAUCCGACUAAAUGACAAUGGCUGAGGCUAUCUGCUGCACUUUGGUGAACUGUAACUGUGACAGCUUCAAGCCUGGGAAGCUGAAGAGGAGGCAGUGUGAAAACUGCAAGCAUGGCUGGGUAGCACACGCCCUGAGUAAACUGAAGGUGCAUCACAUGUACCAGAGCAGCCAGGUGGAGAUUGUGCACUCCAACGUGGUAUUCGAUAUCUGCAGCCUGAUGCUGUAUGGUACCCAAGCCAUCCCCAUCCGCCUCAAGAUCCUUCUGGACCGGCUUUUCUCUGUCCUAAAGCAGGAGGAGGUUAUCCAGAUCCUCAAUGCACUUGACUGGACAUUACAAGACUACAUACGAGGAUACGUGCUCCAGGAUGUAGCAGGCAAAGUGUUGGACCGGUGGGCCAUCAUGACUUUCGAAGAGGAGAUUGCCACAUUGCAACAAUUCCUUCGUUUUGGUGAGACCAAAUCCAUCGUGGAGCUGAUGGCUCUGCAGGACAAGGAGGGCCAGGCGGUAUUGGUUCCCAGUACCCGCACCAAUUCAGACAUCCGCACUUUCAUUGAGCGCAACACCCCACGCACUGCUGCCAACCUCUCUACAUCCAAAGUUGAUAAGCUAAGCGGCAACAGCAUGCACCACUUCGAGAACUUUAUCAACAGCAUGGCCAUCAUGCUGCCAUUCCAGCUGCUGGGCUCUGUUCCUGCACCAUUUCUGGGUUCAAACACAGCGACACUGCAGCAGCAGCUCCAGCACCACCAGCAACCAUGCCGUGGAUCAGUGGAACAGCAGAGUCAGAGACUAGAUGAUCAAGGGCAGGAUGAUCUAGGGAAGGACAACCCUAUCUCUCUUUCACACACUCCAGAGAGCAACCUGCUAAGUUCAAGCUCUGUCUUAUUUACUGCAGAUCUAGACUGUGGAGACAAGCCAAUGGACAGUCUCUCCACUGCCACAAAGAUCGAAGCAGAGGACUUCUCCACUAGUGACAACUACUCAGAUGGACCGGCCACACCAUGCACACCCUCCAUGAGCUCUGAUGUAUCACAGAUGUCACCUGAGUGCAAGCUGCGCUCUCUGGACAGGAAUGGGAGCAGCAGCGGAGUGGCCUCAGGAGGUGGUGGAGGAGGAAGCUCUCUGAAGAAGGGUCGUGUAUUUUGCAAUGCCUGUGAGAAGACAUUCUAUGACAAAGGCACACUGAAAAUCCAUUACAAUGCAGUGCAUCUGAAGAUUAAGCACAAGUGUACCAUUGAGGGCUGCAACAUGGUGUUCAGCUCAUUGCGCAGUCGUAAUCGUCAUAGUGCCAACCCAAACCCACGGUUACACAUGCCCAUGAACCGAAACAACAGGGACAAAGACCUGCGUGGAAGCUUGUCUGCUGAUGAGGGCUCUCAAGGAGAGAAGAGGCCUGACUAUGGAUCUCCCAUUCCUGUCUGUUCUGCAGAAAGCCAUAAGUCAGUGCCCAGCUAUAUGGUGAGUCAUGUAGAGAGUAACUCUAAACUUCACGGCAGCUCAUUCCCCAGCAUGGGCCAGACUGGAAUCCUCUUCCCCAAUUUAAAAACAGUCCAGCCAGUUCUGCCUUUCUACCGCAGUCUGGUAAGCCCGGCGGAGCUUGCUAACACCCCAGGAACACUACCCUCCCUUCCUCUGCUGUCCUCCUCUGUACCCGUCAAACCUGUCACAGCCCCUGAACCCUAUAUGACUGACCCUAUACCAAAGAAAAAGUCCCGAAAGUCAAGCAUGCCAAUAAAGAUAGAGAAGGAGGCAGUAGAAAGAGAUGAGCAGAUGAAUAAGGACAGCAGCUCUGAAGAUGAGGCUCCCUUACAAAGCAGGGACAACGAGGAGUGUGACAGCAGGCGAGCAGAGGGGUAUAUGUGUACAAUACAAGCUGGGGAGGAGGAGGCCAGAGGGGCUUACAAUGGUGAAGAGAAGGAAAAGGAUGGUGCCAAGCAUCUGUUUGACAAAACUUUGGGUAAAGACAUGACUGAGAGGGAGGACAAAGAUGAUGGGCCAAGGGAAGGUGAAACAGGGGUCAUCACCUGUGCUCCCCAAACCUUCGAAAACAGACUGAUGGAUCACUGUGACAAAAAUGUACUCUGUCAAGAACCCAAUGGCAAUGAAGAAAGGCAGGGCAGGGAGCAUGCCAACUCAAUGCAUGCAGCUGACAAGAUUUCAGAGCUCAGAUUAGAUGAGGAUGAGCACAGACAAACUAAUGGGGACACUCCCCAGCUCGUAAACCAUGAGAGGGAUGGAUCUGAUGGCUCCGUAGAUGACUACGGUGACUCGAGUUUGUCUCACUUUGACCCAAACGCUGACCUACCACACCACUGUGAAAUCUGCAGUAAGACCUUUAAGAACCCCUAUAGUGUCAAGAUGCACUACCAAAACGUACACCUGAAGGAGAUGCACAUGUGCACAGUGGAAGGCUGCAAUGCUACCUUUCCCUCCCGCAGGAGCAGAGACAGACACAGUGCAAAUUUGAACCUGCACCACAAGCUGCUGACCAAAGACACAUUCAGCCCAGUCAACACCCUUUGCUCAUCUUCAACCCACUGUAGGGACAGAGAUUCUGUUGUCCUGGACUACUGUCAAGAGCAGUGGGACAGAGAUCCGCCCCAUCGAGACUCAACCAGCCAAACCUCUGUCAUCUUCCGAGGACACAACCGCAUGGGCCUGGUCUUCCCUAUGAGCAAAAUGUCUACUGCGUCGUAUAGUACUGAGGCAUCUCCCAUAAGAGAGAUAAAGGGAUCAGAAAGGGGAGGAGAAGGUGAUGGAAGUGGGGAGGAUGGGGCAGUUCUGGACCUGAGCACCUCCUCCUCUGCCCCACCUCGAGGCAAUGGCAGUGCUCGAUCUUCCUGGGACUCAGAUGGAGCCUGUAGUGAGGAAGGGGAAGGGAUUGUAGAGGAUGAGGAAGCACUCCCAAUGGAGGACAGUGAUGAAAGCUGUGAUGGGAUCAGCGUAGGGAGGCCUGGGGGUGAGGGGUUGGCACUUGGGGGAGAGAGGACCCAGGGCUGCAUUGGGGGAGGACAAGACAGGCUUCAGGGAGGUGGGGGUGGAUCUCCGAUAACUUGUCAUGUCUGCCAAAAGGUCUACAGCAACAAGGGCACAUUCAGAGCCCAUUACAAGACUGUCCAUCUGCGACUGCUUCACAAGUGUAAAGUCCCCGGCUGUGAUACAUCCUUCUCCUCUGUGCGAAGCAGAAACAGGCACAGUCAGAACCCAAACCUUCACAGAAACCUAGCUGUCAGCUCAGGUGCCACAAUGGACCAGGAGUAAGGAUUUGAACUUAUAUGCCAAAUUAUAUGCCGACUGAUUUCCUUUGUUCUAAUUUUUAGUCCUUUCAUUGUCAUUUUUCAUUUUUGGGCACCUAAAGAAGGCUCAUCAAUUAGCACUUUUUAAAUUUCACACCAUAGUCCAUGUUGUUGUUAUAUUUUGAGGAAAAAAAAAGAGAGAGAGAGAGAGAAUAUUAAGAAUAUACAAUCAUGAGCUUUUUUUUGGAAUGGAUGGCUUCUACUGCAAAGGCAAAGACUGAUAAAUCACUGCAUGCAUCUGUCUGUGUUUACACAUGUAACGUGUAAAGUACAACCAAAACAUACACAGAUCUGUAAAUUCAUUUUCAACAUUGGUCUCUUUUGUUGUAAUGCAGUACUGAUUUCUUUGUACUGGUUUGUCUUACAGCCCAGUUUAGAUUUUUAGAAACCAUUUAUUUGAGCUGAAUUUGUUGCCCGAGUACACCCAUUAAACUGUAUCAGGCCAGUGAUUUUUUUUUUUUUUUUCUGGUAUUUGGGUUCUCAAAUGUCCACAUCUCCCCCCUGAGGCUCUGUAUAAUGUUUUGAUCAAAAGCAGUAGUGAAGUAACCUCUACAUGUGUCAUUUCAUUCAUUUGAACAAUGGUGUUAAAAGAGUCUUUGUCUUUGAAAGAUAUAGUGUCGUGAGCUUGAUCAGUAUGUUACUGUGUGGUGUUAUAUGAUCUGUCUAUUACUGGUUUGGUUGUUACAUACUGCUAAUGUUGACCAAAGAUUUUUUUUUUUCAGUCUACAGGUGUGUACAGUAACCCCUUCGUACUGAGGGGUAUGCAGUGUUAAAGGGCCCACCCAGUCUUCUCUCAUGUACCUUGUGAUUAACAGCAGUAUUCAUAUGUGGGCUCUGUUGUAAAAUAAAUUUUUACCCCCACCCCCGUCCAAAAAACAAACAAACAAACAAAAAAAAACAACAAAAGAAAGAAAGAAACAAAAAAAAUCUGCUCAUGGGACUAGACUUGAUUAAGGCAUUGCUCUUGUAUUGUUUGUGUGGUUGCUUGUGGUAUCCUGACUGACUGGACAAACAACAGGAAAAUACGCUGUGUCUGGAGGCUGGAAGCAUGUACUGUGAAUGAGUCGAACACUGAGAAAUAAUAAUUAAAAAACAAUUUAGAAUAAUAUCCCCACACAUGAGCACACCCUAAAAAAAGAACUGGUGAGCAAAAUGUUUGUUGAACUGUAUAUUAUGUGAAUAGAGUAAUUUGUUAUCUGAAAGAAACCAAAAAAAUAUACUGUAUAAAAUAGGUCAUAUUCACUGCUAACAUCAAUCUUUUUUUUUGUCCCCCAAAUGAAUGAACAAGAGCCUUGUGUUGUACAUGUCUAAUUAUUUCACCAUGGUUUACUGUUUUGGUUUGCUCUAGAUUCUGUGUAUUUUUUCACUCUGUAUUUAAGUGCAAUGGGCUAGAUUUAACAUCCCAUAUGUUUGUUGCUUGGAUUUUUUUAAAGAAGAAAAAAAGGAGCAUAAACCAACAUACACUGAUAGAUGUUCAAUUUUCCUUUGAUUUAAUGUCACAAUAUUCAUUCCAAUUAAAUAAAAAGCCAUAUGUUUGCAAGCAUC